AUGAUCGUUAAUGUGUGUGCAUCGAGCAUUUCCAGAGAACCGGCAAAACAAUAUCCCACCUAUUGCUACUACCCGACAAGGUCAGAAAAGAAACCGAGCAAGCCGUCAGCAGCGCAAAAGUCCCUAUCGAGAGAAAAAGCUGGCAAACCGCCAUCUGUAAAGGCGAAAGUGAAACAAUUCCUGCAGAAGAUUCGACGUCUAAUCGCUGGAAAAAUUGCAAAAGCCUCAAUGAAGGCGUAA